AUGGCUUUGGGUCCCGAGCAUCCAGGGAGAGUUAGAGGUGUUGGGACUAGGAUUUCCACUAGGCAAUACUUCAAUUUACCUUGUGUAAGAGAUGUCCUUAAAGAAGAGACCUUGAAGAUGGAGGCUAGAACCAAGCAAUUGGUAGAAGCUGAGAGGGAGAAUUUGCUGAAUCAGCUGCGCCAACUAAUUCCAAAUUUUGAUACAAGCGUGCUGACACUGACAACUAUCCAAGGUCUUGAGCAAAGUCCCAAAAAUCCAAUGUCGAAUAAAGCAAGCUGA